CAAAACGACGCACCGUUGACGUGCCGGUGAAGGCAGUUAGACUAAAGGUAACAACAACCCCAGCGCGGCAACUUAUCGGGAAACCCACCGCCAGACGCCAGUCAAACAAAGCCUUCUCCAUUUUCUCUCUCCUACCCCCCUCGUACUCCCAAACGCCGUCUCCAAUCUCUCUCUCUCCUUCCGUCGUCCUCCGAUCCCUCCGAUCGAUUCGCACCGCCGUAAUCGCACCCCCGAUUCCGCGCGAAGCACCGCCGCCGCCGCCGCCCCCCUCGUCGCCGUCCUCGUCGUCGUGGUCUCUGUCUCUCUCUCGCGGGGAGAGAGUUAGGUCAAAUCGGGAGAGAUGAGCUUUCAGGAUUUGGAAGCCGGGAGGCGCGAUCUCAUCAGCGGCAAGCAGGACCCGACGCAGGCCGUCGCGUCCGGCGUGUUCCAGAUCAACACCGCCGUCAGCGCGUUCCGGCGGCAGGUCAAUGCUCUCGGGACCCCCAAGGACACGGCCGAGCUCCGGGAGAAGCUGCACAAGACAAGGCUAUAUAUUGGGAACCUGGUGAAGGAUACUUCAGAAAGACUUAAACAAGCCAGUGAGACAGAUCAUCAGGCUGGUGUUAGUCCUGCCAAGAAGAUUGCAGAUGCCAAACUUGCAAAAGAUUUUCAGGCUGUUCUGAAAGAGUUUCAGAAGGCCCAACGGCUUGCAGCUGAGAAGGAAACGGCAUACGCUCCAUCUGUACCGCAGACUGUUCUUUCUUCUAGCUAUUCUGCCAGUGACCAAGACAUAAAUGCUGAUAAGAGUUCAGAACAGCGUGUUCUCCUUGUCGAAUCAAGGAGAGAACAAGUAUUGCUGGCCGAAAAUGAGAUUGCCUUCAAUGAAGCUAUCAUUGAGGAAAGGGACCAAGGAAUCCAGGAAAUCCAGCAGCAAAUUGGUGAGGUGAACGAAAUUUUUAAAGAUCUCGCAGUGCUUGUUCAUGAACAAGGGACAAUGAUUGAUGAUAUUGGCUCUCAUAUUGAAAGCGCACAUGCAUCCACUGCUCAAGGAAAGUCCCAUUUGGUGAAAGCUGCAAAGACUCAAAAAUCAAAUUCAUCUAUGAGUUGUUUGCUUUUGGUGAUCUUCGGGGUAGCCCUUCUCAUUGUGGUCAUAGUAGUUGCAGCUUAAGCAGUAGAAUAAUCAAGCAUCAAUGGAGACUGCUCGUCUGAGUGAAUGGUACAAUGGGGUCAGCCUGAUUAACCACCCUUCUUUGUUCUUUCACUGUAAAAACUGGUCGACAGGAGUCUGCUAUAUGAAAAAAAUGGGAGUGAACAAUUUAUAUUUUUUCCUCUACUGGGGAAGAAUAAUAGUGGGGAGGAAAGUAGAGAGAGGAGGCCAGACGGUGGCUUUCCCGGUUGGCUGGUGAAGUUCCUGUUUACAUACCCAUCUGGGGUUGUUAUUUGGCCUUUCAAGGUUUGUGACACCACUGUCAUGUAAAGCUGCUCUCAUUGUUCUCAAUAAUAGCCUCUGCGAUUCUUUUAAUUA